UAAACGUGACGCGGCCGCGCAGAAACUUAUUCGGGUGCUCCGUCCGGUUCCGUCCUCGUAUCCGAAAUCCGUCGGACGCAGGCGGAAGUUUUCGGUGCCAACUCUAAGUUGACGGUUACUAUGGCUGCGAGUUCAUGCGAGGCUGGCAGAGAGGGAAGUGACGAGCGGGGCUGUUGUUGGGACACGUGACUGGAGCUGCGCUGAUCUGUUUUGACAAGCAGCGGGGAGGGGAGGCGGACUGAGAGCAUCACGACCGGGAGCACCCACUGUUCACUUCAUCUGCAUGUCGCCUGCGUGGUGGUAUCAGCAGUAGUCCUGUGGGGUUUCGCUUGACCAGUCGGCGGAGAACGCGACCGCUACUUCAGUUGACGCUCGCGAGAAAAAAAAAAAAAGAGAACAACCCGUCGCAGUGGUUCGCGACGCGCUGGCACCCGGAGUCGGGCUGUUUGUUUGAAAAGUUUUAAUGAGGCUCACAAAGGAAGUCAACGCAGGUGGCGCGGCUCACGUGAAGUAGUAGAUGGCGGCCGCCGAGGCGCAGCGGACGACGGACGUUAACGUGGAGCGUGUCGGCCGCGCGACGCCGUCGGUGAACGUCUCGUGAGGACAAUGAACGGAGACGCUCGCGCCGCAGCGGAAGAUACCGAGACCGUCCGUCGUCGGCGUCGGUGUCCGUGGUAGCCGCGAGCCGUGGCCACCUGCGCAGCUCCGUGGGGUUGGGAUGUUUUGCGGACGCUUAGCCACUCGGUGAAAAGGGACGCGGUCAGUUGGGUUGAGUUCGCCGCGGAGCUAACGCGGCUGGGUUGUUUGGCGUGAGGAGGCGAGACGCAGAGCAAUGCACCGCGACGUAACGAUGGUUCCGGUGGCGUGAUCCGAGACGGGCGGCGAGAGAGCAGCCAGCUCGCUGAUUCAAUCACUAGCAGCGCGACUAGCAAGCGGAUUGACAACUCCAGUACCCGACGCCAACAGCGGCGGACGUUAGCCAUCAGCUGUCUUUUCUUUCUUCUCCUGGGUCUGUCAGUUGGACACUACAGCGCAACUCGAUGGGAGCGCAGUACAGUGGCAUGCUAACAAAGCAAUGCUUUGUUGUUGUUGUUGUUGUUGUUGUUGUUGGAUAGGGGGCCGCUGGCACCAAACACACGGGCUUUCACUGCUGAUAUUACUGCUGAGCUAAUACAGCGGGUCCCGGUCACAGAGGUCCAGACACCUGGUGCUGCCAGGGCUGUGUGUGUGUGUGUGUGUGUGUGUGUGUGUGUGAGUGAUAUAAAGAGAUGACACUGGACAACAUGAAGACCGAGCGAGAUGCAACGGAGGAGUUUUUCGAGUACGAUGCGGAGGAGUUCCUGGUGUUCCUGACCUUGCUCAUCACCGAGGGACGGACACCGGAAUAUUCUGUGAAGGGCAGGACCGAGGGGCUGCACUGUCCCCCAGCCCAGUCGGCCAUGCCGCCUCUCCACAAGCACGAGUGCAGCGACAAACUGCCCCAGUGUCGGCAGGCAAGGCGAACCCGUUCAGAGGUGAUCCUGCUUUGGAAGAACAGCAUCCCCAUCAUGAUCGAGGUCAUGCUCCUGCCGGAUUGUUGCUAUGGCGAUGAGUCCCCCCCGAAUGACCCCAUCAGUGACCCAAUCAUCAAACAGGAUGCCCUGCUUCUGGAGAGAUGGACCCUGCAGCCAGUUCCAAGACAGAGCGGCGAUCGUUUCAUUGAGGAGAAGACCCUGCUGUUGGCUGUUCGCUCCUAUGUUUUCUUCUCGCAGCUCAGCGCCUGGCUUAGUGCGUCCCAUGGCAUUGUCCCCAGAAACAUCCUGUACAGGAUCAGUGCUGCUGAUGAGGAGUUGGUGUGGCAGUUCUCCCAGCCACCGUCGGAGCACGUUUUCCCCGUCCCCAAUGUAUCCCAGAGUGUUGCGCUGCAGGUCCGUGUCCAGUCGCUCCCCCGACAGCCCACCUACCCCACCCUAGCCUGCAGCAUCCAUACUGGUCUGCCUCCGCUUUACAGCAAGACCCCCAGCCUCAGCCCAAAUCUCAAUAGCCAUGGUGGACUGUCCACCCUCAAAAAGAACCAGGAGCCCAGCAAAGACAACCUCCUACACCCUUCUAACAUGUACAGUAAGAGCUCCAACCCCAUGUCCGGCCUUCUUCUCAAUGGAUUACCCGUUCCUAAUCUUCCCAUCAACAACAUCCCCACCAAUAGCCUUCCUCAUACUGCUGUGCCGCCUGCCUACAGCAAGAAAAGCCAUGAGCCUGAUGAAAACCACACCUAUCAGAACGGGGAACUCCCGCAGGUCAACAUCCCCAAUCGGCAGGGCUCACCGCUGUUCCACAGAUCCUUCCACUCCCCCACACCCCCGCGCUCCCCCUCCCCACUUCCCACAAGUAAAGCAGGGAAGUGGCUGUACUCAGCCCUAAAUGGUUCGUCUGACUCCACACAAGUAGAGGACUAUGGGUCUGGUACCAACAGCAGUGAGAGGUCAAAGGGGCCAAUCCCUGAGCCACUGAGAGCUUUCAAGACUUUUUCCUUGGCUGAGCCGACCCGCUGCCCCUCCCCAAGGCCCACUGCAACUGAAACAAACCCCCUGAUUGGUUCCCUGCUGCAGGAGAGACAGGAAGUUAUUGCCCGCAUCGCACAGAGGCUCAACUUCUGCGACCCUACAGCACCGCCACUCCCUCCCGGCCUUUUUGCUUCAGACAACCCUCCCAAAGCCAUGUGGGGUACUAACCAUGAUGACAUGACUGCCAGUAAGACCAAAGAGCCUGAGGUACCGCCAUAUGAAUCUGUGGGGCGCAGCCCCUUCAACACACCUGUGACUGACACUUCUUUCAGCAAACGGGAGAGCACCUCCAUUAAACCUGCAGCCUGCAGGAAGCUAAAAAUGACUGAGACAAGAGACAGGGAGGAGGAGAGGAACGGAGAGAGGGAGAGAGAUAGAGAGAAGUACAGAGAUGGGCAGAGGGAGAGGGACAGCUCCCUCAUUGCCCAGGCAGUACAAGACAUCACCAGACUCAUUCAGGAAAGACUGUCUGGUCCAUCUCUGUCCCCCAGGCACAGCAGAAGCAGCAGCCCUCUGCACCACACACACACCACGACAGUCACACACACAGUCCGCACAUACUCACACAUCACACACGUCCCACAAGCCCCACACACUGCCACCAAUGGCUACACCAACGGACACACACGCAGCCACGAACCUCACAGCGGCAGCACGCACACCGCUGCCACACAUGCGCCCUUUUGCACAGACAAGCCCCGAGUUGAUUUUCCCCAGGCCCAAAAUGGUGCUCACUUUACACUUGAAGAACCCUCGUUCAAAGGCCAGCCCCACGCCCAGGCUGGUCAGCGUUUACGGACCCCCCCACAGGAAAAGCUCAGAGUCAGGACACCCAGCAGCCACGAAACCCCCCCUGCCUCCUUUCUCGAGAACAGCCCAAGGAAGGCCCAGAUUUUCAGUUGGACUUGUAAUGAUGCCUGCCCGGCCACGAACUGUAACAUAAACCACAGCAAUCCUCAGCAUCAGUCCCACAUGCAUAUGCAGAACUGUGUGAAAUCCCAGGCCUCUGCCCUCCAGGAUGAGAACCAGGCACCCACAGAGUCUGGAUGGUCCAGCACCUCAAGGCCUGACAUGACUCCUCCUCCCACUGUUCUGCGCGCCACCAGCCCCUCCCCUCUGCGUCCCUUCAACAGCUGGAAGAAACAGAAUCGCCACUCGAUAGACGUCACGGCAACCAAGGCCUUCCACCCCUGCACUGGCCUGCCGCUGCUCUCUAGCCCUGUUCCUCAGAGGAAAACUCAAACAGGCUACUUUGACCUGGAUUCCUCUCUGGCUGGAUGCAAGGGUUUGCCUUGGGCCUUUGGGAAAAGGGUGUGUCCAAAGAGAGAGGGAUACACGGAUGAGUCACAGCAGCUGUUCAGUGCCAGCGCUCCACCUGCCAGUCUCAGUCUGCUGGGAAACUUUGAGGAGUGUGUGCUGAACUACCGCCUAGAGCCUUUGGGGACAGUGGAGGGUUUCGCCGCAGAGGUCGGAGCCAGCGGGUCCUUCUGCCCCAGUCACCUCACCUUACCUGUGGAUGUGACAUUCUACAGUGUCUCUGAUGACAACGCUCCCUCACCAUAUAUGGGUGUAAUAAACCUGGAGUCCCUGGGGAAACGGGGCUACCGUGUCCCUCCAUCGGGAACCAUUCAAGUGACCUUAUUCAACCCUAACAAGACGGUGGUUAAGAUGUUCGUUGUGAUGUACGACCUACGAGCCAUGCCAGCUGGACACCAGACCUUCUUACGCCAGAGAACCUUCUCUGUCCCUGUCCGCCGUGACACAAACAAUCAGACCAGCAGGAAGUCCCUCAGCCUGGGCCAGGGCCGCACCUUGCGCUACCUUGUUCACCUGAGGUUCCAGAGCUCGAAGUCUGGGAAGAUCUACCUCCAUAGGGACAUCCGUCUGCUGUUUUCCAGGAAGUCCAUGGAGGUAGACAGCGGUGCUGCCUACGAGCUCAAAUCCUUCACAGAGUCCCCCAUUGACCCACCGUUCUCUCCCCGCUGCUGAGGCCUGACUCCUUCCCUCCUUCCUCCGCCGGGCAGGCCACUACUGAAGCUUCAAUCACACCUCGAUGCCAGCGAUACUCUUACUCAGCCUGUUGGGCUGUGGCUUGUAUUUGAAAAGAGGUUUAUGGACAGCAGCCAACCAGACUUGCCUCCCCUGCUCCGGAAAUCUUAAAUAACCUCUCCUCUAUCACCCAGAACUGACAAAGGGAGGCUAGGAGCCAAGAGGACUGAUCCAACAUUGUACAAGGUUUAACAUCUGAUUAGAGAGGUAGAGGUUGGGUCAAAGGUUAUAAUUUUACUUCAGAAUCUGUUCUCCGUGUUAACAGGGCCUUACCAGAUUUGAUAGCUGAUUCCUUUUCCUGCUGUUGUUUGCAUCCCCUCCACCGUCUGACUGGAGAGUAGAGACCAGUGAUUGUCUACAGAAGCAGUUAGACUCUUAAAAUGUUCUCCAAAAGGUUCAGGCUACUUUGCUCCUGUUUACUCAAAUCAAAAUGCUAAUUUGACUUUAUUUCGAUACAAAGAAUAAGUGUUUGAUUUCUUCAUGAAUGCAAUACGAGGCCCUGUUUAUGGUAAAAGAGUUUGUUAUGAGUCCUUGAAGAUUAGCUCGAUUUUAACUGAAGGUGAACUCAGCUUUGACCCUGUGAUUCAGAGCUCGGAGCGUGGGGAGUGCAUAAGGAAGAGCGUGUACCGCGUUGGCAGACCGUGCUGCAACAUCAUCCCCUUGUCGAAAAGAAACAUGCAUACCAUGGACCACUAAAGAAGUCAAACAAGCAAUCAAGCUCGAUUCAAACGGAAGCAUCACAGCAGAACAUCAGAAAUGCACUGUGGAUUUUUUUUCUCUCAUAACUGGAAAAUGAAACAGAAAAUAGUAAUAUUCUAAUACUUUUGUACUGUUACAGAACCACUUUAUCGGAAGUGUUGCAAUAGAAAGACGUAACCUUAGUUUAGUGUUUACACAUUCACUUUCAGUUUACUUAUCAUCAGUUUUAUUUAAUAUUUAAAUUAAUAUUUCAGUUACUACUUGUGACGUUUGUCAUGCUAAGAUGAUGUAGUGCAAACUGUAUAUCAUAGUAUGUAUUUUUGACAUUAAUAUUCAAAUCUGAAAAAAUAUAUCUAUAUAUCUUCUAAAGCAAA